AUGGCUCAUCAUCAAGUGGGUUUGCUCUACAUUGUGUUUCUCAUCUCUCUCUUUGUGUUAGCUCAUGCGAGGAUACCUGGAGUUUACUCCGGUGGGCCUUGGGAGAGUGCUCAUGCUACUUUCUAUGGCGGCAGUGACGCCUCUGGAACUAUGGGAGGUGCGUGUGGGUACGGGAAUCUGUAUAGCCAAGGAUAUGGAGUGAACACAGCAGCAUUAAGCACGGCGCUAUUCAACAACGGGUUGAGCUGUGGGGCUUGCUUCGAGAUUAAGUGCGCAGAUGAUCCAAGAUGGUGCAACCCAGGCAGCCCAUCCAUCUUUGUAACCGCCACUAAUUUCUGUCCUCCUAACUUUGCUCAAGCCAGUGAUAAUGGUGGUUGGUGUAACCCACCUCGUCCUCAUUUUGACCUGGCUAUGCCUGUGUUCCUUAAGAUCGCACAGUACCGUGCUGGUAUUGUCCCUGUGGCUCAUCGCCGGGUAGCAUGCAGGAAGCAAGGAGGCAUCAGAUUCACAAUCAACGGUUUCCGAUACUUCAAUCUGGUCCUGGUGACCAACGUGGCGGGUGCUGGGGAUAUCGUGAAUGUGUGGAUCAAGGGCUCAAAGACUGGUUGGAUGAGCAUGAGCCGUAACUGGGGACAGAACUGGCAAUCCAAUGCCGUACUUGUGGGCCAGUCGCUUUCUUUCAGGGUUAGAGGUAGCGAUGGCCGCACCUCUACUUCUAAAAACGUGGCAUCACCUAAUUGGCAGUUUGGUCAGACCUUCACGGGCAAGAAUUUCCGCGUCUGA